ACCUGCAAGGACCAAGAGCCAAACACGAGGGCUUCAGUGUUUGCUGGGGGGUUGGGGGGCAGCUCCUGGGCUGCAAUGGGCAAAUCAUGUGCAGGAAAGGCCAAUGUGACCAUAUUUGAGAUGCCUGCACCUGAAACAUCAGUAGGAUCAAAACCACUCUGAAUUUUCUCAGGAUCUGUUUUGUCAGUGAUCCUUUGACUCAAGUCAGGGCUGGCAAUGCUGGACAUGGCUGAGGGGUGAUCCCAAUAUCCCAACGGGAGCUGGAGUCUCUGCUGGACGUGUGACAGUCUUGCCAAACUGGAACUUUCACCUGCCUCAGCCUGAUGGAAACAGAACCCCGGCAUGGGAUCUGGGCUGGGCUGGGCUGGGCCGGGCUGGGCUGGGCCGGGCUGGGCUGGGCUGAGCUGAGCUGAACCUCUGGCUGCUCUAGGGCACUACCAGGCAAAACAUGCUGAGUGUAAAAGCCAAGAGAGGUGCAGGGGGAAGCCCCUGCUGUGCUCCAGUCCUCAUCUCACGCACACCCAAACUCUGUGACACCCAACUAAUCCCUGUGCUUAUUCCUUCCCUCCUCCCUGGCUCAGAAGAGGAAGAAUGGAUAGAGGAAGACGACGGGCAGGAGGAGCAGGUAGAGGAGGCGGAGGAGGAGACCACAGAAGCCAAGGCAGAAGAACAAGAAGAUGAAACGAAAGCAGCAGGAGAAGGUGGAGAGGGAGACCGGGAGCAGGAGCCUGGGGAAGGCGAAUCGAAGCCAAAACCCAAGGUCUUCAUGCCCAACCUGGUGCCUCCCAAGAUCCCAGAUGGCGAGAGACUGGAUUUUGAUGACAUUCACCGCAAGCGCAUGGAGAAGGACCUGAACGAGCUGCAGGCCCUCAUUGAAGCCCACUUUGAGAGCAGGAAGAAGGAGGAAGAGGAGCUCCUGUCCCUCAAGGACAGGAUUGAGCAGCGGCGAGCGGAGCGGGCGGAGCAGCAGCGCAUCCGCAGCGAGCGGGAGAAGGAGCGCCAGGCCCGCAUGGCCGAGGAGAGAGCUCGCAAGGAGGAAGAGGAGGCACGGAAGAGGGCGGAGGAGGAGGCGCGGAAGAAGAAGGCGUUCUCCAACAUGCUGCACUUUGGGGGAUACAUGCAGAAGUCAGAGAAAAAGGGUGGGAAGAAGCAAACAGAGAGGGAAAAGAAGAAGAAGAUCCUCAGUGAGCGACGGAAGCCCCUGAACAUUGAUCACCUCAGCGAGGACAAGCUGAGGGACAAGGCUAAGGAGCUGUGGCAGAACAUCCAUGACCUGGAGGCUGAGAAAUUUGAUCUGCAGGAGAAGUUCAAGCGGCAGAAAUACGAGAUCAAUGUUCUUCGAAACCGCAUCAGUGACCACCAGAAAGUCAAAGGAUCCAAGGGUGCCCGUGGGAAGACCAUGGUGGGCAGCCGAUGGAAGUAGAGCUCAGGGAGAGAGGAGGCCGAGCCUCAGGAGCUGCAGCAGCUGCACAGAACCCUGGCUGCAGGAAUGGGGGUUCUGGGGGGCAGAGGCCUCAUGAGUGUCCCAUCUCCACCCCCCAGUGUUGUUGUGUCUGUAAAUAAAGAGGUCGUGAGGGGGUGCA